AUGACGCAAAGUUGCGAGGAUGCACAGAAUCCUCGAAGAGAUCUGAGCGAGAACUUCAUCCAGUCCAUCCCAAGAAAAUCUUUCAGAGGAGCGACAGACAUCAAGAAUCUUCAGCUGGAUAAAAACCACAUCGGCUGCAUCGAGGACGGCGCCUUCAGAGCUCUGAGAGGCUUGGAAGUGCUAACCCUGAACAACAACAACAUCAGCAGCAUCCCGGUUUCCAGCUUCAACCACAUGCCCAAACUGCGAACCUUCCGUCUCCACUCCAACAAUCUCAACUGUGACUGUCAUCUGGCCUGGUUGGCCCAGUGGCUCCGGCAGAGGCCCACCAUCGGUCUGUUCACCCAGUGCACGGCCCCGCCCGAGCUCAAAGGUCUCAAUGUGGCCGAGGUGCAGAAACACGAGUUCAGCUGCUCGGGUCACCAGGAUUCCUCCAGCCCGCAGCCGUGCAACACGGGCGGGGGCUCCUGUCCCGCCGUGUGUACCUGCAGCAACAACAUUGUGGACUGCAGGGGGAAAAGUCUGACUGACAUCCCCGCCAACCUGCCGGACAGCAUGGCCGAAAUAUAUAAAAGUCCAAACAACCUGAGCCGUGCAGAAAAACAACAGGUGACAUCAACGCGGCUCCGCCACUUCUUUGAUGCUGGAUUCUUGGCCGAGUGCUGCCUACAGUAUAUAAGACGCUCACAGACAGAGUGGCUCUUUGAAGGAUGA